GUAAGUUAGUCUGAAUGUAAGUUCAAUAGGAGUUCUACACAACAUCCGGGCAUUGCACCGCUUGCGCAGAAUCGGAAUGGCGGAGCUGUGCGAAUGGGCUCCAAGGACCAGCGGCUCAGUCGUGUAGACAUUUUCCACCAGGGCUAUGCGGGGCCACUGGAGGCCCUUCCCCGGGCAACCACGUUCCUAGAGGAGCAGGACGGGAGCCCGGUGGCCCUGCGGAGGCAGGCGAUAAAGAUGGCAACCAAGUCCCAUGCAGGUGGUGAGAUGCCCCUUGAGCAACUGCUGGCACUUUAUGGGUACAACAUUCCAAACAAUCCCCUACACCAACAAAUACAGCAAAAUGACAUUUCAUCCAUCAUUCCAUAAAAUAAAAUUAACAAGGUUCAGAUAAGUAAAGCUCUACUCUCAAGAGCGGAGGAUCUGGACAGCCGUUCCUCUGCUGAUGACCUCACACUCUCCGUCACGUCCCAUUCAUCUGACCUCUUACAAUGUCACCUAAGAGGCAAUGACAAAGACACUUCAGUCAACUGCUCCGAAGAUGACUCAGAAAGCACCUCUAUCCCCUCCAGUGAUGGCCACAAGGACAUCAUGGUGGGCCCCCAGUAUCAGGCUAUAAUUCCUUCUCUCUGUACACACACUUUCUAUGAAAGAGCCAAUGAAAAUGAGGACCAGUUAUUGUGGACCCCAGAUGUGUUGUCCAGUCUGGCUGUAGAACACUUUUUGCUUGAAGUCCAGAGAAAAGAGAGUGACAAUGGACCUACAAACACUUUGACAACAGGAGAUAUAGUCAAAGACAAUGAGCAGGCACUAUAUGAACUAGUGAAAUGCAACUUCAAUGCAGAAGAGGCACUAAGAAGAUAUCGCUUUAAUUUCAAGGUUUUCAAUGAGGAGCUUUGUGGCUGGAGUGAGGAGGAGUGUCGUAACUUUGAGUAUGGUUAUCGUGCCCAUGGCAAGAACUUCAACCUCAUACAGGCCAACAAGGUCCGCACGCGCUCAGUUGGCGAAUGUGUAGAGUACUACUACAUGUGGAAGAAAUCCGAGCGGCAUGAGUAUUUCACACAGCAGGCCACCAAGCUGGGUCGGAAAAAGUGCAAUCUGCCAUCUGGCAACAUAGAAGAUGCUGGGCCAGAUGGAGAUACUGGUGAUGUGGAAGGUGCCACUCAAGGUUUGCCAAGUAGGCCUUCCAUUCAACUCCGACCUCCAUCGCCACCUGCAGUCAAGGAGCUGGAUAAACAAGAGGACAGCCUGAAUUGCGCAGCUCAGUUUCAAGGUCGUCCACGACGGAAACGCACGCCGCGCUUCCUAUUAAAGCCCUAAGCUUCCUGCUCACUGACAGCCUAAAACUGACAGACAAACAGGUUCUGAGCGAAACAGUGGAGAGAUGGAACUAUAUGCAGGAUCUUGCUCAAGCCCACAGGGGCAGCAGUCGUUCAGCCAAUUCUCGUUUGACCCACCAGCGCUCCAGAUGUCAGAUGUGGCCUCCCCGUCCACCCAGCUUUACCUCUCCUCUCUUCCCUCUAGCCACUCUUCUUCUCAGCCAGACUCAGGGCUCCUUGGAGCAGGUUUUUACCAGCUACAACUGGGGUCUUUUCCUGAAGAUCCUGCACCUGCUUGCUCAGAGAACAUUGCCUCAAGAAGGCUUCAACUUCAACACCGUCCUCAGCUGUCCCAUCCAACCCAGAUUUUGGGAUAAUAGGUAUUUUGUGCCCACCUUACUCCAUCAGCUCCGCACCCAGCAAACACAGCGACCCACCGAUUCACCGAAGGAUAACAUUCCAGAUCUAAGCAAACAUGACGACUCUCAUUCACCUGGAAUAAAAGAAU